AUGUAUUGGAUGUUUCUCAUUUCUCUCGCUCAAACGUCACUUGCUCUACCGCUAAUAGGGACAGAUCCUACUCCAUCCCCGGACACUACUACUAGCAGUGGAGUAGUGUCUCAGAAUGGGCGAACCAUCUGGACCAUCUUGUCGACAUGCAUGUUUACUAUAUUCUCUUGCAUUUACAAGGUUAUGCAUCCCAACGUACCCAGCCCUUACGACUCCCCCACACGCCUUAUGAUCAGGUCUGUGGGGUGUACGCUAAUGACCCUUGUAGCUCCGGAGCUGUGCGUUCUCUGGGCCAUUCGCCAGCUACUCAGCGCCUACCGCUUCACCACUCAAAUGGAUAAAUUUCUUCACCCCAGAAGAGAGAGACUUGGAAUAUCGGAGAAGUUAAAGAGGAGAUGGAACAAAGUUAAAACCCAUUUUGACUUCAAGAAAACAGCGAGCGGGGAUGAGGAAGAGACUCACGAUCUCGUUCGGAUAAGAGUUUCGCAUGCCGCAAGCUCAGAUAGCUCCACAAGCGCGGACGAUUCAACAAACACAGAUGACCCGACAAGUAGACACGAUUCCACGAACACAACCGAUUCGACGAGCGACAAUGAUUGGACGCCUGGACUAAAAGAGGGUGGGGAAAACGUUUCCAUUUUGAUCUUUUUCGCCUAUAUGGGUGGAUUCAUGAUUUACUACGAGGGAGCUCCGUGGAGUACUAUCACGCCCGAAUAUCUGUUGACGGAGCUCAAGGACGGUAACAUUGACGUCGUCGCGCUCACCAAAUGUGAAGUCAAUGAUUCAAGCAAAGGAACUAUAGUCACAAAAGGGCUUGCAAUAUGGCAAAUUGCCACACUCGCGUUCUGUGUGCUAUGCAUCAUGACAUACCUUAUAUGGUUGUACAAACCACAAAGUGUCAACCAUCCUCGUCGCAUCAACUGGAAACCUGAAAGCAGUCCUCCUCGUUAUCUGCAUAAAGCCCGGUUCCUACCGGUUGAACCACCUUUUUUCAUCCCUACCAUCGCUCAGCAUAUCGUCGCUAUCGUUUAUGGCGACAUGGAGAACGAGCGGUUCAGAGUCGCAACAUUUGGGGGAAGCGAAACUAGCUUGCCAGACGGAGCUGACACGGUUGGGUACGCGGUAGCGGUGCUAUACGGUGCCAUCCAUCUCCUAGCAUGGAACUUUCAAUUUCCUUCAUCUCACGAGCAGCUGGCAUGGCGAUGUGCAGCAUUGGCCAUCAUCGGUGCCCCCUUCUGCUACAUAGCGUCAUUUAUCACCUUUGGUGAAAUACUUGACUACCUCAGAUUCAGAAGGCCUGAUGCUCCUGAAAGCUUCAUAUGCAGAUACAUCCGUUUUGCCGUUGAGAUUAUUUGGGGGUACUCUGUGAAUCCUCCUGAUAGGGGAAAUGAUCGCAUCGCUACGUAG